AUGUCAACAUCAACAUCCAAACCCAUGGGAGGAGGAGCAUCGGGAGAUAGGGUCACACCGUCUUCCAGCUCAACAGGGAAGAAAGAGAAGAUCCCACUAUCGACUCAUUUGAUAGCGGGAGGAGUAGCAGGUCUGGCCGAAGCAUUGGCUUGUCAUCCGCUGGAUACUAUAAAAGUUAGAAUGCAAUUGAGUAAAUCUAGGAAACUGAAAGGGCUCAAACCAUUAGGAUUCUUCGCUACUGGUCGACAAAUCGCAGCUCGAGAAACGCCCCUAGGUCUAUACAAAGGUCUGGGAGCCGUUAUAUCGGGUAUAGUACCGAAGAUGGCUAUACGUUUUGCAUCUUUUGAGACAUACAAAGGGUGGUUAUCGUCUCCUGAUGGGAAGAUCAGUCCUUCCGCUACGUUCUUAGCUGGCUUGGGAGCGGGUGCAACGGAAGCUGUUGCGGUGGUUACUCCUAUGGAAGUUAUAAAAAUCAGAUUACAAGCUCAACAGCAUUCUUUGGCCGAUCCUCUCGACGUACCACGAUAUAGAAACGCAGCCCACGCAGCAUUCACUAUCGUUCGUGAAGAAGGUCUUUCAACCCUCUAUCGAGGUGUAUCACUCACAGCUCUUAGACAAGCUACCAACCAAGGUGUGAAUUUCACUGCGUAUCAACAGUUUAAAAAAUGGGCUUUUGAAUUCCAACCUCAGUACAAGGAAUCAGCCGUUUUACCAAGUUGGCAAACGAUGAUUCUUGGUUUGGUUUCGGGGGCGAUGGGUCCUUUCUCCAAUGCUCCUAUUGAUACUAUCAAAACACGUAUUCAGAAAGCGUCACAUGUUCCAGGUGAAACAGCCAUGUCGAGAUUAGUCAAAGUCACUUCGGACAUGUUCAAGAAUGAAGGUGCCAAAGCGUUUUAUAAAGGUAUUACACCUAGAGUAUUGAGAGUGGCUCCUGGUCAAGCAAUCGUAUUUACUGUCUAUGAGAGAGUCAAAAAAUUGAUCGAUUAUGCCAAAGGAUCGAAUUUAGGAGCAGAGUAUGAAGAGUAG